AGGCUACUUACCAUCAGACUGGCUCGCGAGCUGGCCAAAGCCAGAAUUCAGGAUGCAGGUCAAGAUUUCUGCGCCGGUGGUUUUGGUCACUGUUGUCUACUUGGUGCUGAGUUGCCAGUUAACUAAUGGGGAAAUUUGCCAGAGCACGGACAUCCGGAACAACGUGACCAACAUGCGUGUGCUGGAGAACUGCACGGUGAUCGAGGGCCAUCUGAAGAUCCUGCUCAUCUUCAAAGCCAAACCCGAGGACUUCCGGCACCUGAGCUUCCCACGGCUGGCCGUGAUCACGGACUACCUGCUGCUGUUCCGUGUGUACGGCCUGGAGAGCCUGUACGGCCUGUUCCCCAACCUGAGCGUCAUCCGCGGGAACAACCUGUUCUUCAACUAUGCGCUGGUGCUGUUUGAGGUGCUGCAGCUGAAGGAGCUAGGCCUGGCCUCCCUCACCAACAUCACACGCGGCGCUGUGCGCAUCGAGAAGAAUCCCAACCUCUGCUACCUGUCCACCCUGGACUGGUCCAAGAUCCUGGACUCGGUGGAGGAUAACUAUGUGGUGGCCAAUAAGAACGAGCGGGAAUGUGGGGAUGUGUGUCCCGGUGUGGCUCAGGGCAAGAGCAGCUGCCAGUCAACCACCAUCAACGGGCACUUCAGUGCCCGCUGCUGGACCCAGAGCCACUGCCAGCGCAUGUGCCCGGCCUCCUGUAAGCAGCGGGCCUGCACCAGGGAGGGGCAGUGCUGUGCUGAGGAGUGUCUGGGCGGGUGUGCUGCUCCUGCUUCCUCCGGUGAGUGUGUGGCGUGCCGGCACUUCCUGCUGCGGGGCCGGUGUGUGGACCGCUGCCCUCCCGGCUCCUACGCCUUCAGGGGCUGGCGCUGCGUCAGCUUCCGCUUCUGCCAGGACCUGCACCGGCACUGCGGCAGCAGCCAGGCUGGCAACUGCCCCGAGCACGUCAUCCACAACGGGGCCUGUAUCCCAGAAUGCCCCUCUGGCUACACCACUGUCAACUCCACCACGCUGAGCUGCAGGCCGUGCGCGGGGCUGUGUCCGAAGGUGUGCGCGGGUUUGAAGAUGGUCGACUCAGUGACGGCGGCUCAGGCGCUGCUCGGCUGCACCGUCCUCAACGGCAGCCUGAUCAUCAACAUCCGCGGCGGCAAUAACAUUGCUGCAGAGCUGGAGGCCAGCCUGGGCCAGCUGGAGGAGAUCACUGGCUACCUGAUGGUACGCCGCUCCUACGCCCUGGUGUCCCUCUCCUUCCUGCGAAAGCUGCGACUCAUCCGUGGGGACACCCUGGAAGUCGGGAACUACUCGUUCUAUGCCCUGGACAACCAGAAUCUGCGGCAGCUGUGGGACUGGAGGAAACACAACCUCACCAUCCUGCAGGGCCGCAUGCUCUUCCACUACAACUCCAAGCUCUGCAUGUCCCAGAUUCGCAAGAUGGAGGAGGUCACUGGGACUAAGGACCGCCAGACCAAGAAUGAAAUUGCCUCCAAGACUAAUGGGGACCAGGCCUCCUGUGAAAACCAGGUGCUGAGGUUCACACAGGUGCGAACAUUAUCUGAUAAGAUCAUCAUAAAGUGGGAACCCUUCUGGCCUUCAGAUUUCCGAGAUCUUCUGGGGUUCAUGGUCCUGUACAGAGAGGCGCCCUUCCGGAACGUGACUGAGUUUGACGGGCAGGACGCGUGCGGCUCGAACAGCUGGGUGAUCGCAGAUGUGGACCCGCCCCCCCGCCCUACAGAGGGGAAGGAGCAACAGGAGCCGGGUCACCUCAUCCACCCCCUCAAACCCUGGACGCAGUACGCCAUCUUUGUCAAGACCCUGCUGUCUGCCUCCGACGAGCACCAGGUCCACGGCGCCAAGAGCCAGAUCAUCUACGUCCGCACCAACGCCACCAAGCCCUCUGUUCCGCUGGAUCCCAUCUCCUCCUCUAACUCCUCCUCUCAGAUCAUCCUGAAGUGGCGCCCUCCCUCCGAUCCCAACGGCAACAUCACGCACUACCUGCUGUUCUGCCAGCAGCAGCCGGAGGCCCCCCAGCUCCUCAGAUACGACUACUGCCAGCAGGGUAUGAAGCUGCCGUCACGCGCUCCUACGCUCGUUGACAGCGAGGAGGAGCAGAAAUGGAACCAGACGGACAAUCAGGGCCGGGGGGGGCGCUGCUGUGGCUGUCCCAAAACCGACAAGCAGCUGAAGAAGGAGGCCGAGGAGUCAGAGUACCGCAAGACCUUCGAGAACUACCUGCACAACGAGGUGUUCAGGAUCAGGCCCUCCAGACGGCGCAGGUCUGUAGUGGGCGUGGCCAAUGCGACACAGCCCCACCUCCUGGCCACACCCUCUGGCUUGUCCAACGCCUCAGUCGGCAGCGGGCCGGAGGAAGAGGAGGGGAGGAAGCUGGUUCUGCCCGUGGACAAAGAGUGGACCGUCAUCUCCAACCUGCACCACUUCACCAGCUACCAGAUCGAGAUUCACGCCUGCAACCACCCGACUGACCCCGCCCGCUGCAGCAUGGCGGCCUAUGUCAGCGCUCGCACCAUGCCUGAGGAUAAAGCUGAUGACAUCACGGGGCCAAUCAGCUGUGAUGUGUCUGAGUACUCAGUGAGCGUCCGCUGGACCUCCCCCAGAGAGCCCAACGGCAUGGUCCUCCUGUACGAGCUCAUCUACAGGAGGCUAGGAGACUCUGAGGAACAGCACCACUGUAUUCCACAGAAGAGCUACAUUGUGGAUGGGGGCUGCAGCCUGAGAGUGGUGCACCCUGGGAACUACAGCCUGAGGAUCCGUGCCACCUCGCUGGCAGGGAACGGGUCCUGGACCGAGCCCGCCUACUUCUACGUACAGGACCGGCGAAACGACCCGUUCAGCAUUGCUAAGAUCGUGGUUGGUCCAGUGGUCUGCGUGGUUUUGCUCCUGGUCAUGGUGGCAGGGGCCUUCCUGGCCUUCAAGAAAAAACAAACCCAGGGCCCCACGGGACCGCUCUACGCCUCCUCGAACCCGGAGUACCUGAGCGCCAAUGAUGUGUACGUGGCGGAUGACUGGGAGGUGCCGCGGGAGAAGAUCGCGGUGAUGCAGGAGCUGGGGCAGGGCUCCUUUGGCAUGGUGUACGAGGGCGUGGCCAGGGACACGGUGAAGGGGGAGCCGGAGACGCGUGUGGCGGUGAAGACGGUGAACGAGUCGGCCAGCCUGCGCGAGAGGAUCGAGUUCCUCAACGAGGCGUCCAUUAUGAAGGCCUUCAGCUGCCACCAUGUGGUGCGCCUGCUGGGUGUGGUCUCGAAGGGGCAGCCCACGCUGGUGGUCAUGGAGCUGAUGACUCACGGUGAUCUAAAGAGCUACUUGGCUACGCCUGAGGCUGAGCUGAACCCAGGGCGCCCUCCCCCCACCCUGAAGGAGAUGAUCCAGAUGGCGGCUGAGAUCGCAGACGGCAUGGCGUACCUCAAUGCCAAGAAGUUUGUUCACCGCGACCUGGCGGCUCGCAACUGCAUGGUAGCGGAGGAUCUGACCGUUAAAAUCGGAGACUUCGGCAUGACCAGGGACAUCUACGAGACGGAUUACUACAGGAAGGGGGGCAAGGGGCUGCUGCCGGUGCGCUGGAUGGCGCCCGAAUCUCUGAAGGACGGAGUCUUCACUGCACACUCAGAUUGCUGGUCCUUUGGGGUGGUGCUGUGGGAGAUCAGCACAUUGGCUGAGCAGCCCUAUCAGGGACUGUCUAAUGAGCAGGUCCUCAAAUUCAUCAUGGAUGGAGGGUACCUGGACCGGCCCGACAACUGUGCAGACCAGCUGCACAGCCUGAUGCAGAUGUGCUGGCAGUACAACCCCAAGAUGCGGCCCAUAUUCCAGGAGGUGAUAGAGAUGCUGAAGGAGGAGCUGCACCCCUCCUUUCAGGAGGUGUCCUUCUUCUACAGUGAGGAGAACAAGCCGCCCAACACCGAGGAGCUGGAGCUGGAGAACAUGGAGAGCGUCCCGCUGGACCCAGAGUCCAGCCCCGCCAGAGACGCUGCACAGCGGGGGAACUACGACCAACACCUGCCCUACACACACAUGAACGGAGGCAAGAAAAACGGGCGAAUCCUGUCCUUACCGCCAUCCAGCCCAUCCUAACGCAGAGCGCCAAGUAUUGUUGUGUUUAUUCAGAGGCCCUUUGGGGGAAGCAAACUAACAAACGAUCAAUGUCUCAGGACUUUUCCUUCUUUCUCCGCACGCAGGAGGAUUAUUUUUUCUCUGGUUGAAAUGGGUCACCCCCUCGCCUCUUAUGUGCGUUUCAUUGGGGUCACGGCGAUGUUUGUGGGACACACAUUGGGGUUACGGCGAUGUCUGUGGGACACACAUUGGGGUUACGGCGAUGUUUGUGGGACACAUCGACUGAGUGGUACUCUGAAUCGGACCUUUGACCCCUGGCUGCUCGCCCCCGACCCGUCUCCACACUGAGGCCCUCUGCCCUCCUUCGGAGAUGCUGGAUGGCUGAAUCUGUUUGCAGAUGCUGGAUGGCUGAGUCUGGAGAUGCUGGAUGGCUGAAUUUUAUUGGAGAUGCUGGAUGGCUGAAUCUGUUUGCAGAUGCUGGAUGGCUGAAUCUGUUUGCAGAUGCUGGAUGGCUGAAUCUGUUUGGAGAUGCUGGAUGGCUGAAUCUGUUUGGAGAUGCUGGAUGGCUGAAUCUGUUUGGAGAUGCUGGAUGGCUGAAUCUGUUUGCAGAUGCUGGAUGGCUGAAUCUGUUUGCAGAUGCUGGAUGGCUGAAUCUGUUUGCAGAUGCUGGAUGGCUGAAUCUGUUUGCAGAUGCUGGAUGGCUGAAUCUGUUUGCAGCUGCUGGAUGGCUGAAUCUGUUUGCAGAUGCUGGAUGGCUGAACCUGUUUGCAGAUGCUGGAUGGCUGAAUCUGUUUGCAGAUGCUGGAUGGCUGAAUCUGUUUGCAGAUGCUGGAUGGCUGAAUCUGUUUGCAGAUGCUGGAUGGCUGAAUCUGUUUGCAGAUGCUGGAUGGCUGAAUCUGUUUGCAGAUGCUGGAUGGCUGAACCUGUUUGGAGAUGCUGGAUGGCUGAAUCUGCUUGCAGAUGCUGGAUGGCUGAACCUGUUUGGAGAUGCUGGAUGGCUGAAUUGGUUUGCAGAUGCUGGAUGGCUGAAUCUGUUUGCAGAUGCUGGAUGGCUGAAUCUGUUUGAAUCUGUUUGCAGAUGCUGGAUGGCUGAAUCUGUUUGCAGAUGCUGGAUGGCUGAAUCUGUUUGCAGAUGCUGGAUGGCUGAACCUGUUUGGAGAUGCUGGAUGGCUGAAUCUGUUUGGAGAUGCUGGAUGGCUGAAUCUGUUUGCAGAUGCUGGAUGGCUGAAUCUGUUUGGAGAUGCUGGAUGGCUGAAUCUGUUUGGAGAUGCUGGAUGGCUGAAUCUGUUUGCAGAUGCUGGAUGGCUGAAUCUGUUUGCAGAUGCUGGAUGGCUGAACCUGUUUGGAGAUGGCGUAAGGAGCCGACUCCUCUCAGAACACACUAGUGUGGUCUUUUCACACUAAACACUCUUGUUUAGUUUUGUUUUUCUGCCAGGCUGCGGAGCUUCAGACGGUUUGUUAGAGGUGAUUUAUGUCACACUGAAGGUUUUUUAAAGUUAUUUUUUUAUGAUAAUAAACCUGUAGAUGUGACUCAGAUGUGACUAAUAGCAGCUCCAUUGAUACAUAUUUUUGUUGAUAUAGAAGAUAUUGUAUAUAGAAAAUAUACGGUAUAUAUAUAUUAUUGAUGUUUUUGUACAUAGUUGAUAUUUUUAAUGUUUUCAUUCAUGAGGUUUUUUGCUGGUUGUAGAAACAUUUUUACAAUUGUCAUUUAAUAUUUUUUUCUAAAACAAAAAAGAAAAAUCACACUAAACCUUCAAAAUCUUUCUUUAGCAAACCGCCUGUUUUUGCUGUUGUACUUACAGGAGAACUAAAUUGCUUUUGGCAAAUGUAGACCUGAAAUGUAAAGACUGAAUAAAGUAGAAUGAAAUGUGACAGAGAA